UCCUGUUAUCGCCGCUCGUGUCAACAUUAACAGUUUGGGUCUACAGCUUAUAAAUAAUGAGUAUUUUGUGUAGAUCAAGGAUACUGCUCUCUUCAGUUUGUAGGAUAAAUAGUUUAGUAGAUAAAUCUGCUAUUUCUAAAUGCGUCAGUUUGUUAGCAAAAGCUCAGCGCCACAGAUUUAAUGUUGAUUUAUCAUUAUCCCACCAACACUGGCGUCAGGGAACGUUUCUCGUGUGUGGCCUCGAAUCAAAAAGGUGUUACUCAGUCAGAGGUGAGAGCAGCUUGACAGAAAGACCUGAAAAAUUAGAUGAGGAAACCGAUGUGGAGUCGAAAGGACAAGGAAGGGGCGUCAAAACCCGAAACCAGGAGUUCUCUGAGGUGUUCACCCUUGAUGUCCUGGUGUCUUUGCUGCGUCAGGAAAAUGCGGUGGACCUGUGUGUGAUAAAAGUGCCAGAUCAUGUCCAAUACGCUGAGUUCUUCAUAGUGGUCAGUGGUGUAUCACCAAGACACCUCCGUGCCAUGGCUCUCUAUGCCAUCAAAGUGUAUAAGUUUCUGAGGAAAGACGGAGAGCCACAUGUUAGGGUUGAAGGCAAGGAUGCAGAGGAUUGGAUGUGUGUCGACUUUGGAAAUAUGGUUGUCCACUUCAUGUUGCCUGAAACCAGAGAGGUAUAUGAACUGGAGAAACUGUGGACUCUCAGGGCCUAUGAUGAGCAGCUUAAGAAAAUUCCUGCAGAGUCACUGCCAGAGGACUUCAUACUUGAUACCGAGCUCACAAAGUGACUUUAUUUCUAAUAAUUAAACAAAAUCCAAGGUUAACCAAAUAAUUUAAACUUUCUUGUCAACAUUUAAGUAACUGGUUAGUGGAAAUGUUUCAAAUAAAACAUGUUUUAUUUAAA